AUGUUGACCAGGUAUAUUUUGAAAAACUUCAAUUUUAUCUCUAAAACAGAAAUAGGGGACGUCCCACGUCCUUCGUUGCAAAUCUAGGCCUUUUGCGGAAGAACAAGAAGCGUGUUCCCAAAAGCGCCCCUAUUGUUCGAAAGAAGCCCGGUAGACCAAGAAAACAUGAACUCCACGAGAUGGCGUCGACCUCAGGUUCUGCGUCCGUUCUAAAAAUCGCUAAGAGUGUGCAGUACACUCGUAAAAAGCACGUAGGCGCAAAAGAAGAACAGCCAAAAUUAUCUUCUACGGGACGAAAACUCGGAGCCAAAUUGCGUGGCCCACAAUCUUCUGUUUCCAAAAGACUGGCACUUCAUGCUGCAAUGCGAAGUAUCGCAGCUAAUAAAUUACAACGGAGGGCAGCACUCAUCGAAAAUUUGCGAAAAUAUAGGGAGAAAAAGAAAUUGAUCAAAGCGGUCGAACUCGCUGAGAUCUCUACGGCCGUGCAAAACAAUGUUUCCUCACAAGCGCCCAAAAAGCGUGGGCGGAAGCCGAAACCUAAGCCAGAGAUUCCGGAACACACCACACUAGCCUCCUCCAAAUAUGUGGGCGAAAUCAAAAUAGGCGAUGAUAAUUUUGCUGAGCUAACUAAAAUGCCUGAUGGCCACUCCGGUUCAGAAACAGUUAAGGAUGUUUCAAGCAACGAAGAAGCUCCUUCGGUUACCACCGAAAUUCCUAUCGGUAUCAACAAGACAUCCCCUGUUUCUGAUUCUUCUGUGUCCCCAAACGCUGGAUUUGCGAAUGAAUGCGACAGAUUUGUGAACAGCAGCAAAUCCCCUCUACGAGAAAUUGCGGUGUCGCGUCAAGAACUACUCUUAUCUAUGAAUUGUGGAUUCCGCUCAUUUGACGAUGUCUUACAAGAAAUACUGGGCGAAAUUAGCAAGACGGGUGUUGUUUUCUCCUCCAAGAGGCAGUUUCUGCAAUCAAGGUCAAAUCUUUGCGAUUCAGACGAACAAGAGCAAGACAACGCAAUUUUCGUCUUCAGUAAUCCUACUAUAGGCGAGUUACUGGAGAAGAUUGGGCCUGUUAGCGAGCUCAACAAAGAGUUAGAUGCCAAAGACGCCCUUUUAGCAUCCGUGGGUUUGGCUCGCCCCGGUGUUCGCGAGGCUCUGCGCAAGCGCCGAGAAGAAAAGGCCAAACAAUUGAACCGUAGUGCCAUGGGAAGGCUGAGACCAAAUCCCCGUCCCCGACGAUAUUCAGACAUGAUAACGCAGAAAAAGAGCCUGGAUGUAACCCACCUGCCACCCGGGGCCUAUGUACCACCCAGUGAUCUCCAGCCAAGAGGCUUUCGUGAUAGUUUUGCCAAGGCCAAGUUAGCACAAACGAAAGCUCGUGAAUUGACAUUGGCGGGGACUGCACCCACAUUGCAUGAACGCCAAGGCAGGGGGAGACCGAGGAAGUCAUCCCUUGCAGUUAGUCAGCUUGCUAAAGUGGCCGAAGUGAGGCCAAUUCAUCCUUCUGUCUGUACUCGACCACGCCGCCGUCUUGAUGUUAGACAUCAUAUUGAGUGGAAAUUUUGCUAUGGCGGUAAUGAGAGAAAAUCACAGAAUCCGAGCCUACAACUGAGGAAACGCCGUCAUGCCGUUCUAUCCCCCGAUCAACAUUCAGAAUCUCCUCAGGCGCACGAAGAGGAUUAUGAGGAAGAGACUUUGACUCAUGACAACCUCAGGGACGCGGAAAAUUACGCCGAUGUACGAGAGGUUGAUAAGGUUGCUGAAAUUGAGGCUUCACAAACGGUUGAAUGUGCUUUGGAUGGAGAAGCCCCUGGCUCUGAUACUUAUUCACCGGUUAAUAAACAAUCGAACUCUAGAAGACGACAUCAUUCUAUUCUGUUCCAAAGAAAACGACCUGUUGCUGCCGGUCGGACUCCUAGCGAAGAUAGUCUCGAGCGCCCCGAGGGACCGAGUUCGUUUAUGAAAUCCCAUCGCCUUCGCAGCCCCUCCUCGGACUCAUCCUCCUCUCAAUCUGGCUUCCGCCGUGGCUAUGAGCGACCAUUUAGGAAUGGGCGGUCUUCAUUGAAGUAUGACGGUCCCACCGCCAGUGAGUAUAGUAAAAGCGGCUGUGACAGUCACUUUCGUACUGAGACAUGGUCCACCUAUGUGACCAAACACCAGGGAAGCCGGAAACCGAAACCAGUUGAGGAUGCCUUAAAAACUGAUGAUCAUGACCAGACUUGUCGUCCUCGUCGUAUUUCGCCUGGUCGAAGACUUCUACAUCACAAGCACGAUCAAAUGCGCAGACUUACUUUGCUAGAUCGCGUGGUUUUGGGUUUGACAUGUAGCGUUUCCCAGGAGGGCGAUCAAAUACACAUCAAGCAACUCCACGCUGAAGACCUCAACAUUUUAACGCAACGACUCACAGAAACGGGCUUUUUUAUACAGUCUCUUGCACUCAAAACGAACUCUAACAAUGAAGCAGAAUAUAAUAUUGUGCUUACUUACGCUCCGAACUUCGACGCUGAAAGCCGGCGAUUCCAUCGGUUUAACUCCCCAUCUUCAAGAGAGCACAACGAAGCAACGCCCAGAACCGUUCUACACUCGGUCACUCAGACUCGGGACCGCGAUGUCAGUCCUUCCAACUCUGCCUACCUCGAUCCGCUUAAAUCAUUUUCGUACAAAAAAAAUUCCGAGUUCGGAAACCAAACACGUGACCAUGGUCUCCAGGCUGAAAUUAAUGGUCGCGGCAGUAGCGCUCCAGCUGCCGCAGUGGAUGGUGCUAGACUCUCAGCUGCACACUCCGACGACGAUGAGCUGUUAUCACUUUCUUCCAAACGCUUACAUGAUGCAAACAGGGCUGCGUCGCCUCCAAGACCCAGCUCUUCCAGCGAGGUUCAUCCUUCUCGAAGAAGCCUUGAUCCGGAUUUUACGCAAUCCGUAGACGAGGCGAGGAAGAAACUCGGUCGUGAGUCUGUCCUUGGUGUCCGCCAACGUUACCCGCGCAUGCGACCCAACUUUCAUUCCCUAAAGUAUUCCAGUCUUCGCAAAAAGCACGGGGCUUAUCGCAGCCUGCAUUCAAAACGUCAAUCUUCUCAAAGACAACGUUCUUUUCAGUAUGGUGAAAAGCUACAGGAGCGGCGCAAGUCUCGCGGGGGCUACCAAUACAGAUCAGACGACAGCGAUUCGCACCUGCGUCCUAACGCUCCGUGUCCUGACACACUCCACCCUCAGCCACCCCACCGACCCGCAGCCUCGUCUCUGCUUCACGCUGAGGCUGGGGAUCCUGUCUCUUACAUUCCGGCUCUCUCGAUCAUGUUUCGUCGUCAUAGUCCACGCAAGCUGAUUCGCAAGGUAUAUACAGGCACUUCCACGGUGCCAAAGAUCUUGAAUCGAAAGCGACCGACCAUUCCCGUUACUGUCAGUGCCAGCACCAAUCAGACGGCCGCGGGUGCUGCUAUGAACGAGGGCAAUUCGACCCUCAUGGCUGCCUGUUCCACAACUGCCCUCCCAUCCCCUACACUGGUUGUUCCUCAGAAGCCAUCUUCGGUAAUGACUAUGAACGCGGCGGCAGCAGCUACUGUGGUACCACAAGCACCAGCGCCAUUGGUGCCGUCCCCCUCGACGAGACCUGUAGCAUUGAGUGUUCUUGAUCAGACUCACCUUGUAGGACGUCCGCCAUCAGCAUCGAUGACAACGUCAACACCGCCGAAUGCUAUCCUCCAGGCGGGACCGGUCCAAACAGCGGAUGUCAUCGGCCCCUCGGCUCCCACUGCCGUUGCCAUCACCGCCUCAGAAGAUCCAGUGACUGUAGACCGCGCGCAUCCUUUUCUUGCCACAAAGGUACAAGCCACAAAAGGAGAUGCUCAGAACCCAAAAAGUGAUUCUGCUGUGGCCGCAUCCACCUCCGUUUUAUACCUCCCUUCUAAAAUGACGCACCAGAGAGCUGAGCCCUCGACGACAGAGUUGGCUGCUUCCAACACGCCUGGUGUAAGUACUUUAAAUGAAUAACGUUUUGGAAUAGCAUACAUACGUUUCUUAAACUGCCAUUUGAGUACUUUAGAUGGUGUAUGUUCUCGAGCAACAUUUAUUAGGUAGUUUCUUCAUCAUUGUUGACUAGGUCCAUUACCGAAAAGGCACAUUGGUGCCUUGCGCGUCGAUUAGUUUAUAACGACGGAGUCUUGCCCAGCACCUAUCUCACGCCCUCUUCUCGUACUCACCAUAUUUUAAUGGCGGGAUGAAUAGACACGGGCGUAAUUGCAGUGGCUGAUUUGGAAUAAGACCCCUGUCUCCUUGGGCCAAUUCCGCGGUAACCGCGUCUCAAUUUAACAAAAAAGCGCAACCCAUCUAAUGCAGGCCGGCGUUUUUAUUUUCAACGCGACAACGUGCUACGUUUCGGGGUCAUCGCCUAUAAUGCACUUCCUCGUUCUUACGCUGUAAUUAUCGGAUUUAGAUAGCAAUUUAUGCUUGGAACUGGGUAAAACUGCCUUCUCACCGAGUUGAUUACACAUGGGAUGUGUGAGAGCAGGGGGUAAGUAGAUGGGGAAGGGAACUCUUCCAACGAAAUGUUAACUUCAGAUAAUCCGGCUAUUCUGCCGAUGUAGGCCCUUCGCCCCAAACCCCCUGAACACUUAUUCUGCAGUGAUCUUUUCUUCACUGAAGGUUGACUGUUACUUUGCCGGUGUACCAAGAUCCGCCUGAUCAUACACAUUUUCCAGCGACUCAUUGCUUGGACACAGCAGAUUACUUCAGUCGUGUUUUUUUAACAGUUUGCAGCAUUUUGCCUUUAAAAUCUUUCCGAAACUCGCGCACUUCGCCAUCCAAGGCCUAACAACACGUAUCUACUAUUUCUCCCAGGAUAAAAUAUUGUUCAAGCUUGUUCGUCAAAGUUCCUGACAUAUUUUUUGGAUUCGCAUCAUGCACGCCUUAACAGCUUCUGCCUUUUAACAUCCGACCAGGUAGAGCGAAGGACCGUUGAAGUUUUUUCUGUUAUAAUUUUGAACAUUCCGAUCCGUCAGCAUUACAGAAUAUCUCUGAUGGACGAUGUUCCGGCGAUACCUUUUCGCUGAUUAAGAUCCUUUGUUUCAUGGGAAUUAUUUUUUAGGUCGGUCCCCUCAUGUUUAGGGGCGUGACAAUACCUAAGGCAACCCAGAUGUUUUCAGGUCCGUCUUGUUGUAUCACCAUACAAAUACAUUAACCUUUUGGCGGAUUGCUGACAACGGUCAUUCGACAAAACGUAAUCUUAUCAAACCCUUGAUUUCGGCCCAUUAAUUCUGCAUCUCAAAGGUGCUAAGUUCAUACAUCCGUGCCGCUGGCGGCUGCAAGUGUAGAUUUACAUCAAGAACAUUAUAUUUUAAUAAACAAGCUAAGUCAUGCGGUAGGGUCUUAGAUGUUUUCCAAUUACACGAUUUACAAUCAUUACAGGUGCGGGUAUCAACUGUGAUUUCAUCGUCAGGGCUGUAACUAAAUGGGCGCUACAAGAGGGCAACACAACUGUUCUAUGCCAGCUCUGUCUUUGACUCCGGUUGACCAACUGAUACGUGUUUGGUUUUGUCACGAAGUCGGUGUUAACCUUCGUGGUGUUGUCGCUUGAAAUUACUGUUUAUGGACUAGCUGUCCACGUCCCAUCAAGGUCGAGUGUUUUUUCUGUUGGUGGCUUUGGUACAACAAGGGAGACUGGCUAUUACGUGUUCCUUUACGCAGAAGAAAGGUUGUGGGUCCCUCGCCCAUCCGCUGGCUGUUUGGCGUCCACCACCAUGGGCGAUAAUAAUCUUUCGCACUAGCUAAUCGUGCCUUCACUAAUUCUGUGCUUCGCACCAACAAAGCGCGUGUUCGUUAGGUGUCUGCAUAGGCUUCGACUGUCAGUAUUCCUUUGAAGCUCAUACCAACAAAACUUGGCCAUUGAAUCGCGAAGCUAAAUUUACGCAAGGGUGCAGAGUAGUCACAUUAAUGAGCGUGGAACCAUGGGUUCGUACAGUUCAAAAUCCCCUGUUUCGAAGAGUGCGGUUGGGUGUAGGGGGCCUUGAAAGACGGCAUUCUGAAUUAUGCGUAGAAUAUUGUAGCACCUCGGAAGCUCAGUCUUUGUGGUAUAGUUUCCGUUUGUUUGUGCAUCGCUGUUGCCCUUAGAUUUCAUUUAUCGUCUUCAUCCCCUGAACCCCUGUGUCCGUUGUGAUCGAUCCUCCGCAACUAAUAGUUGUUACUUCCUACACUUCUGCACCAUGUCCAAUUACUCUGUCCUGGCACAUAGUUAGAUCUAGCCUUCCACCGCUUGCAACGUACAUAGUUAAACAUUUGUCUCCUUAGGUUUUUACUGUAAGGCAAAAUAUUCUUGUCAUUUAAGCUUUCAACUGCACUGAAGUCGGGCGUUCCUACGAAAACGAUGCCGCUGAUUUCCAUAUGCGAGUCACCACCCUCGAACACUGUCGCGCGCAUCCAGUCUCCUGCGAAGAAGAGACCAUUCACCCCGUCAGGCUCUGCAGUGGAGACUUCGGACGUUGUCAAGGAUGAGUCCGUCUUACCUGACCAAAGAUCCCGUGAAAAGACGGUCAUCGAAAGCGAAAAAUCGGGCCCGCGGGCUGGUGACGAUGUUUACAAUCCGGCCAUAUCUAUGAGCGCUAGUCAGUUGUUAAAGCUGAAGAGAAUGCAUGAUGAACCGAGUCGUCCAGGCGUGGGUGAACCGCAGCGUCUAUAUUCAAGGAAUCAAGUUUUGGCACAUCAACUGACGUCGUCGCAGACUCGUCUACCCGCAAAUCAGGUACAUGCAUGCAUUUUAUAUACAUCCGCAGUGUCUACUAGCACGUAAACAGUAGGCAGGUUUGUUUGUUAUAAACUGUAUGCCCCUCGCCGUCUUCAGGAGACAAAGGCCAACACGCCCCUUUCUAGCUAUUUUGUUAUCCAGUAGCAGCUGCAAGCUGGUUGCGAGAAAUGAAGCCGCAUUUUCUCCGUCAUUGUGACCGCCUGAUCACGGUCAACCCAGUAAAUGAAGUUUAACGCAACGGUCUUCCCAACUGCCCUCUCUUUUUGUUGUGCUUUCGCUCUCGAGAAGUUUCUUUCCUUUGUUUAUUACCCCAGUGUUACCUUAAAAAGCAUCGAAUUUAGUGGUCAUGUGGGAUCUGAUAUUCGUUUUGAAGCCUCUUGAAUGAUGGUUUCAGAAAUUUCACCGGCGAUGGCGGUAGUGACCAUGAGUACGUACGUGAACUAGCCCACGUCUUUGGAAAAAAAAUCGUCGCGAUGAGUUGGCGCAAUCACAUUAGUAAAGAAGGGGCUAAUCAUUGUGUUUUUACGCUCGCUUAUGCCCGAUGCAACAAAAGUGUUACGAUUACCUCAAAGAGGACUGCCACACAUCCUUCUCCGGCUGCCCAUAAUGAAAGCCGCCAAGUAAUUUAGAGGGCGCGACUUACGAAAAAUUUCACCUUACUUCCUACCGAAGUUGCCCCAAGUUCUCUAGCAUGCCUCCGUUGAAGAUGCCAUCGCGUUGUUAUGCAGGGACCGGCAUCGUAGCAACAUCGUUGAUCCCCCUGCACUUCCACACCCCUUGAGGCUCUCGGGGUUCAAGUGUCGCGUUUGCAACCAUGCCAUGAUUUCGGAGUCGACUGUAACUGGGCUGUAAGGUUAAGUGACUCACGCAAAAGUUUACGCCAAAAGACAGGGCAACCUAUACCCUAGCGCGAUGUUGUCCAGCCGUGAUCUGGGGCGGAAGUCCUACAGCAUGGACAAUUUUCAUCCUGCCUUUGCGCUGGCCUCGACGACCCGGCUCUAGGCAGCGAAAUCGGAACUUCCUCGCGUCUCCUCUGCACUUCAUAAAGUCUUACUCUUGUGGCGGUGGUGGUGACUGUUGUGAACUUUUCACGCUGGUGCGCAAGUAUCGGUGUUUUCUGAUUGAGAUCGUUGCGAUCGUGACUCCCAUCCCUAACCUGAACGCGACGCGAUCGAUUUUCACGUGACAUGCUACUGGCGUUCGUCGCCAGCACUGUCUUCUUGUCGGCCUGAGUGCCUACGUGUACAUGCGCGCGCGAACGCGAACGCCACGAUUAUCAGUGCAGAAUAAGGUGUGUUUUCUGUGCCCCAACAUAACCACGCGUCAGAGAUGGAACGCUGUAAAUAACCCUGGGUAUUAGGUACGAGUUGAAAGUGAGUUGGCUUGUAUGCCUACCUGUGUAGUUUGAGAUUGAGACGCCCAAGUCCAUCACUACGCGCCUAGAGGCGUGGUUUGUGAGAUUGCCAACUGACGGGGUAAAUCGGUCCUUCUUAACAUUGAAAGGCAGACCGCAAUGGCUCCUUAAUGUAACCUCCAUGGUAUUUUCAACUAUGACGGUUCGAUCGUCGAUUCCGACAAUGUCCACCGUGUGUUACGCAGCAAGGGGCAGCAGACACGUUGGCUUGCGCGUGAAUUAGUUUAUAGUGACAGCUGACUUGCGCAGCCUCUACCGCACUCUCUCAUCCCCACUCCUCACCUGGGCCUGCUGUCAAGUCAGAGUCAAGAAGACCGGAGCCGGGGAGGACGCAGGUGGCUGGCACGGCCACACCCCCUGGUCCACAAAAUACACUUGACAAGGAUUUUUCACCAACGACUCCUGUUGUAUUCUCAACUAUACGACAUCUGAGACGCCCUUAUUGUAGCCUGGUGCUUGUGGGCUGGAGACCAGAUCGUGUGUGGCAUGCGUGGGUGGGUUGUUUGGCCGUCUCGACCUCCGAACCCGCACUCAAAUCCGAUCGCCUUUACUUCGCCUCGGCAUCUGAGCACAACGAGUGUGGGAGGAGGAGGCGAGGUAGAUGCUGUGCAAGUCAGCGUCACUAUAGACACAUACGCAAAUUGCCACCGCUGGGUCCAUCUCAUAGGGCGGCGGUGUGCACACUAACGUUUGAUGCCGGCCAGCGCGAUGAACAAUCUUGCAGCCGCAAUGAUUAGCUGAACAACCCCUUCGCCGUGGUCUGCCGAAUGUUGGGUAGGGUACGGAUAUGUGUACCCCCUUACCUGUCUUGUUUCCAUUAGAAGAAACCUGCGGCGCAAAUACGUUUUCUUUUUAUGUAUCUAAGACCACGUUUCCCCUCCUAAAAUACCUCUGUUACCGUCAUUUUUGUAUUCACAGGAGGCUUUGCGCCAUAGCCCAGGGGUGGGGUACACAUGUUCGCGUCAGACCGAUUAUUGCCUGAGAUUGAAAUGGCUGAACUGGACCCCGCGACUCUUCAAACCGUCACCUUACCGACUGCUGUUGACUUGGCUCUCGAUAAGACAGUAAUAGGAGAAUACUGAGCUUUGCUGAUCAGACCUGACUGUUUGUCACCAACAUGUGCUUCCAUGCCAUAAACAUCUGCCGACUUGGUAUUCAAGCGAUAACCCUACGGCCUGUCAGAUCGGCUAAAUUCUAGUCCGUCUGAGGUUCCGCAGCUGGUUCUUAGUGGCAGGCCGUUGCGUAGCGUCGAAACUGGUACCACUCAUGAGUUUAGCCACGUUUUAGUUCGCAUUCACCCAAAAGUUCACCUCUCAUCCGCACCUAAAAUGCCACAUUCAAGCCGCCCUUAUGUCUCACAAUGGCGACCACCACCACCGUCUAGACCCUGAGCAGAAAAAUGUGGUUCCGUUUUGCUACUUGAGCCGACUAAGGCAGUAAUCAGUAGCUAUCACUGAAGUCAUGAGUCUAUGAGGCAGCUGAGAAAAUUCUUGGGUUCACCCACCAAUACCGCAGUAAAUGGACCAACUGAAGAACCUUACAGUUUUUUUCCCAGCGGGGUGCCGCCACAAUUAAUCCUUUCACCGCCUCCCGGAAAAUGACAACAAAAUCAACUAGAGAUGGCACAGGAAAUAUUGGACUAGAAUAGCGACCUCCGUAGCACAGUCUUAAAACGCUGAUGACUAUCGAAGACUGCCAGAUUAUCCGUGGCGUAAGCCCCCUCAACGUUGCUGCGAAGACCAUCACAUUUGUCGUUGUCAGUCGAUUUCAAAGUGUGCGUUAGUCGAUAAAGAGACCCAGCUAAGUUGAGUUUUGGCAUGAAUGCGCGGACCAGAGGCGCGUUAUUUAGUUGCGCCGUGGCUACCAACAACUGACGCUGCCAGCUUUGUUGACUUCUCCACAGUGUUUGAUUCCGUCCACCCUGGCUUCCUGUGACGGGCAAUUGAGUUAGUUAAUAUGCCGGCCAAAAAUCACCGCCAUGGUCGGAACCUGCCAUCGUUCCACCACUGUGCAAGUUCCGAUACGUAAAAAUCCCUCCCAACAGUUGGACGUUCGAUGUGGCGUUCGAUAACGUCUUAUCCUGUCACCUAUUCGGUUAUAUUGCACCAUUGACUGAAUACUCGGGAAGGCAGUACACGGUUUUGAUGGUGUUUAAUUUGUAGUCGGGGGCAGACUGAAUGGUCUACUAAUGAUAUUGCUCUGUUCUGGUGGGCGAAUGAAGUGGCUAAAUCUACCGCUUUAUCCAUAGACGCUAGGUGAACCAAGGCGUUUUCGAGUUGUGUACCUAGCCAGGAGAAUACACCCCUCAGGACUGUAAAUAUGAAGAGGUGAUCACUUUCAAAUGCCUCGUACGAGACUACUGCUGAAUAGAUAGAGUGAAGACGACAUCAGAUCUCGAAUCAAUGCUCCUCGCAGGAGUUUCAAUCCUUGGGAACUAUCUAUGAACCCGACGCGAUAUCACCAUCGCAGUGAAGAGCAGCAUGUGCCGGGGAUCGGCUCUGUCCGUCCUGUGGGGUUGUGAAUGCUGGAUUUUGUGCAUACAAAAUGACCGUAAACUGAAGAUGAUUGACCACCGUUGCCUUAGGCCUAUCAUUCGUGUGUGGCACAGUCAGCACUCGCUGCGGCAACAUCACAGGGGUAUCUCAGGCCAUCCAAGAAAGACGACUAAGGUAGAUUGGACACGUUCUUUGUCGACCGCCUCACAAGCUCAGUGUUACUGCCCGCGUCCCUUCACCAGUGCCCACCUGGAGGCGUCGAAAAGGAGACCAAGUCAAAACCGGACUCUACACAGUUCGUCAAGACAUGGAAGUAGAUAUUAGAUCUUUUUAUUCGGAGAAAAUGAGUCUAGCUCUCCAGAUCCGCUGUCACAAACUGUCGCCCAUGAAAAGAUAUGAUUGAGGGUAGCCAAGUCAGGCAUCCUUGUGGACAGUGAUUGCUUGAUGUGGUCAAACUGUCGUAGUUGGAAGGCCAUACGGGGUCGAUAAUUUCAAAAACAAUUUCCCUGGAUCGACCUUCAGCCACCAACUAUUCAGUUUGCCCUCUAAGUUUGACUGCCACCAGGGCUCUCCAAAGGUUCCCCAAGAGGUCCGCCCCCUUUUCCUUAUCCGACUGUGUAAGUUUGUCGAUGUUCAACGGUUGCAACAACUUGUAUGCAGUCCCUUUUCUAAUUCCCUCUGUCCAUCUUUGCUCAUUUUGCAUUUGUCUUCUCCCCCCCCUCCCGCGACUUUUACGCACAAGAUGGUACUUGUUAUGAAUCAGGAUAAAUGCCACCAGAUAUUACGAAGCCUGCUGGAAAGGUCGGUCUAGUCUCUGUGUUGGUUUGCUUUCCCCCCCCUCUCUCCCUCGCUUUCCUGUCCCGUCCUCCUUUCCUGUUGGUUCAUAUGCGCGUGUUAGUUAAUUGGUUGGUUAAGUACGUUUGUGUCUACACCAGCCAGCGAUCCUGGCGACAAUUAUCUCGUUUUCAUCAUGUUGACUCGUUUGUCCUUUUCUUUUGUUCACACCCGAGACAACGUUUUAACUCCCACAGUUUGGCUCAACCACUGUAGCUAGCAGAAUUCGGGGCCUUUCUAAGGAUGACCUGACUUCCGCUACAUAAUGUGUACUUGAAGUGACUAUACCCAAACUCCGAUGGAACACAAGUCCCUAAUUGCUUCUCCAGCGAGUUACGUUCAUUUCUAUCAGUUCUUUUCUAGUUAGCUUGCAACUGUCCGCCUCGGUCCACACGCAAAUGCAGACACAUUAGGAGGCUAUUUUAUGCUUUUUAGCCAAAGCUCACCAAGAUGAGCCAGUCCGCGGCGCCAACAACAGCUGCAGCAGCAGCAACAGCAUUCCCGCGCCCAGUCUCCGCCGCUGAUGUGGGUGCCGCUACAGACGAGGAGGCUGGUGCGAACUUCGAACUUGAAAGCGUUCUCGCCAGAUGCCUGCCUUCUCACCCCCCUCCCUCUCAUCCACCUCCUGCCAUCAGCAGCCACGAUAGCGGCAGUGGGCAGUCUGUUAAGCUCCCCUUCUCACCCGCCAAUGCCGCCGCCCAGCACCAGCACCAUCACCACAUCCUGGCCCAGAGUCUAGCCGCCUCUUCAUCCCUACCUACACCUAUUGUCACCAGUCAAGUCAGCCCUGGGAAGGUCUUCUCCGUGCGUGGACUCUUGCCCCAACUGACCCCUGCCUCGGCAGCCCCUCGCCCCUUCUCGACCAACGUUCUGCACUACGUCCCCGGCCUACAUCCAGUCACAGCCGGUAGGCGGCCUUUCCUUGAAAUGCAGUCACGGCAGUAAUAACGUUUUUACUAGUUACCAGCGCCAUUGCAGUGGGGAAUGCGCGGGUUUUUCAUUCUUUGUUGAUACACCCUCUCCGCGAGAUGUAUCGAAGGGUCGUGUAGGUAGGCUCUGAGAAGUUGAAUUGUUCAGAAAAGAAGGGCUUCUGAUUUCCUUGGGGCCCUCAACCUUAGACUUGCCUUGAAGAGGUAACCACGCACUCCACCUUGCUCACUCCUAUGCUCCUAGGAAUUUGGGAUCUACCAACCGAGUUUGACAACAUACGUUCUGAUAUUGAUGCGUGUCACCCCAAAGUGACUACAAGACUGAGUGUGACCAUUCCAAUUGAGUUCGCCCUGGCCUUCGUAAUGGAUUAAAGAUGCGCUAGUGUAGAGUGCAGACUUACUGACUGUUAACUAUUGUCAAGUAAUAGCAGUCCCAAGUCCAAGGCUGCAAUGAUUUCGGAGUCUUAAUUUAGCGUCAGUUUUUUCGCGCGAUCUCCCUUCUGAUUCCGAUGUCGAGGUACCACCUUUGUGAACAGCUUCGGAUCGGUUCCCCUUAACCCUUAUUUUCGAUGGCAAGGCAAAACAUUUCAGUCCCUUGAAAUAAGCGCCUGAUUUAAUGCCUCACGAAUUAACUUCGUGCUAACUCGUUAACUUCUGGACUAGGGGUCUGUGAUUAAGCCUAAUCGUCUGCACAUGACUUCUAGAUACACAGGCAUGUGUAGUUGAAAAAUAAAGGCGAAGUUGACUCACAGAUGCCCUGGCAACUGGAUGAUUCGGCAACCUGAGCGGAUAUACAGUAGAUGUGUUAUCUUUUGAAAUCUUAACCGAAAUUCGAAAAGAUUACUCAAGUGGGGUUAUAAAAUGAAUUAUAGUGCAGAACAAUUCCAAGAUAUUUAAGUCAUGUCGGAAUGAGGGCUUUUGAACGAUCUCCUUUCCGGUCGUCUACAAAAACCACGCUGCAAAAAUGGCUACCUCGUUAGCAUAAAGUUUUUUCAUUGAUUUUCGAUGUCCUUAUAAGAUUGCAUAUGCUUUAUGGGAAACAUGCGCAAAAGUAUUCUCUCUUAUGCUCAUUGGGUUCAUAGGCACUUUUUCAAUUUCCGCAUAAUUUUAAACCCGGCCUGCAUUCAGGGUUUCCAAAGGACAAACCGUAUGCCUUCCUUAAUAUGAAAAAUCAUAUAUCUCUAUACCAGCGCCAUCGCAUUGGGGAAUGCGCGGGUUUUCCAUUCCUUGUUGAUAAACCCCCUCCACGAGAUGUAUUCAGGGUUUCCAAAGGACAAACCGUAUGCCUUCCUUAAUAUGAAAAAUCAUAUAUCUCUAUACCAGCGCCAUCGCAUUGGGGAAUUGGACAAACCGUAUGCCUUCCUUAAUAUGAAAAAUCAUAUAUCUCUAUACCAGCGCCAUCGCAUUGGGGAAUGCGCGGGUUUUCCAUUCCUUGUUGAUAAAACCGUAUGUUGACAAACCGUAUGCCUUCCUUAAUAUGAAAAAUCAUAUAUCUCUAUACCAGCGCCAUCGCAUUGGGGAAUGCGCGGGUUUUCCAUUCCUUGUUCCUUCCUUAAUAUGAAAAAUCAUAUAUCUCUAUACACUUUCAAAAAGACGUCAUAUGGGGUUAAUAAAAUUAUGAAAUGGAUAGUGACCUUGUCCAAUUUAUGCAUACCAUUAGUAAACGUGUUGAUGCGCUGCUGUAUGAUUGGACAUUUCACGGUCAGCAAAUAAACUGGAAAAAUUCAUGCUUCUUAAGUGGCCGGUUUUUGCAGGCGGCUGGAAAGAAGCUGGUUGAAAAACAAACACCCUGACAUGACUGGAAUAUCUUUGAUUCUAAAAAUCUUUUGAAUCAAAAAGUACAUUUCAGAACUUCGGCCAACAUUUUAUGCGGCAGCACAUCUACUGUAUGUCUGCCCAGGCCCCGUAAUGUGCCGUCCGCGCGCAUAUGUAUGCCUAUGCCUGUUGCGUAUAUGGCAGCCUUCGUGGCCUUAGUUUGUGCUAUAUCACAACAGCAUCCCAUGGGGCGACCGUUUAGUGACUUUCUUAUAGCAUUUCCACGUACGCGGUGUCUCCGCUCCGAGACCAUGACAUCCAAGCUGGCAAGAUAUGGCUGGGCUAGUUUGGUUGAAAAGUCAAACAGUGCCAACUCUGCAGCCAGGACAGAUCCACAAACGUCGCCUCCGUUCCACUAAAUACCCUCAAUUGCGUCCAACUGGGUGUACUUUUGUGACCUAGUGGCCAAGUUGGUCCCCCGACCAAACCUUGGUCAGAAGUGGCUUUUUGGCUGGCGGACGCCGACAAACAGGCCAAAAGUGGUCACUCCGGCCUCCCGCGUCCCUGUCGAUUGUACUUUUUGACAAAAAGUAGCCUAGCAGUCAUGCCUUUCACUGAUCUCGCGAGCGCCAGCUUGAACUGUCACGGUUGCCGUUGGGGUCUUUCGUUGUUAUUGGGCAGGCCGUAUGCUUGUCUCCUUUUUCCCACCGGAGUUGCCUACACUGGGACCAGCCCACAUUGUUCGCCAGUGAUGGCGUGGUGCGCGCCGUCAGAAACUUCGCUGUAUUUCUACCCUCCACAGUACAUCCCAUGCUUGUGGCAGCUGCAACCGCGUGGCCCACUUCCGUGCUCCUUUGCUGAUGAGUAGGAUGAUGACUGGAGCCGGCGUGUAAAACAAUCUCGUUGAUAGGAUGCUCCUUUCUGUAGUCUAUGCCCUCAAGUGAGUCCCCGAUGCAUGGUUGCUCCCUGUAAAUGCGACCGCUUCCCACUUUGUCUCAGCUGUCUAAUAGCGAAUGCAGGACUUUGUUAAAUGUCGUCUUCAUCAGUUUCUAACUCUGUGAGUUCUUGUAGACGCUGUCGUCAUUGUUCACUUCAGUACUCUUUAUCUCUUCCUCCAAUAAUUUCCAGUGAGACAGUCACACGGCUCUCCGUUUCCUGACCACACAAUUGGUCGCCACUCCGUAACCACGCCUGCUUGUAGUGCCCUGAGUUCCCUGAAAAUCUCGGAAUCCAACUCCAUCGCAGCCACCUAUCUUUCAGGCCGGCCUAUCUUCAGCACCGGCGCUGUCACCACUACCACAAUGACCUUGAGCGGCGGCAAGCGACCUAUUGUGCACAAGUAUCACUCUUUUCGCAAAAUUUCCCCCAAGACCGAAGAUCCGAUGGGCGCUGCCGGAAAGCGCGUGGAUCCUGACGCUUCUGGUUCCCAAAAACCGGGUGGCCUGCAUCCCUCCCAGCUCCUGAAGAGUCUCCUUGAGUGUGGUGGAGCCAGUCGGGAGACAGUGACUUCAGCCACUCCGGCUGCAACCACCCCUACCACCACAGCCUCGACUGCAGCAGUCAUGCCCGGCAUUCCUGUUGGCAGUGGCAGCUCCGUAUGGAACCAACCUGCUCAUCACAGUCGUGGCACCUGGCAACUGGGCGGUCGCGCUGUUGUCCUCGGAGCCACGCGCGCGUCAGCCGUCGGCCCCAGUGGCCUGACUCCCCCUCGUGCGGGGGCCGUCAACCGAGCCCCACCCAUCUCCGCUGCUGCCAUGACGCCGCCGGCUACAACUGCGCCCAAGAUAGCGCCGGAGCCUGCUGUGACUCCCUGUGCCACUUCAGUGCUCUCCUCCCCCUCCACCAUCUCGACAGCCCCAACCGGCAGCCACGAAGAACUGCUCUCCUCUGAUGCAGUUCCACAGGCUGCAGUCCACGUAAGUGCUGCAUUCUUUACAAUCGUGCGAGCACCUGCUCUUAAAACUAUUCUCAGUCAGUCAGUGUAUUUGAGAGAAAUAGGCUUACGCCUUUGAACUCCCUAUUUGCUCGCCUGCACCCUUUCGAGCAGAUUGUAAUCCUGAUGCGGCCUUACAAAUGUGCCGAAGAUUUUGGAGAAGCAGUCUUCAUCGAAAACUGCAGAGGAGAUCACCCUUGUUAACUGGCGGCCGGCAUCACCCAUCAAAGCAGUUGGACAUCUUUCAGUCACAAAACUGUCUACUCAAAAGGGACGAUCUACUUGCUGCUGUGUGUGGGGAGAGGGGACUACAAAUGAAGUUCAUAGCAAAGAUCAUGCAGAUAGCCACUAAUUUUGAAUAGGUGUAUUCCCUAGAGGAGUUUCCAGCUGACGAUAAGGUCUCCUUGCGUCGGGAUCUUAAAUUCUCUUCAUACAAGCCUGUUAGGUCUUGUGAACUUCUACUGGCACGAGUUAAAUAUGUGGCACUACUUCUCAACUUUGAUGGCGCUAAAUCUGUAAACCACAUUAUGCCGAGCCCAAAGUUUUGACCCAGUGACCUAUUAACCAGGCGCUUUCUACUCACCCUGAGGUGCUCAUUCAGACGUCUAAUUUCUGAUGUUGUUAUUUUCUUUUAGGAGACUGUUGAGUCCUAG